AGCCGGAGCAGCCAGGCGAUAGGAGGAGGAGGCGGCAUGAGCUACUACUACCAGCUACCAGUGGUGAUCGACAACGGCUCAGGAGUGAUUAAGGCGGGCCUGGCUGGGUCGCGGGAGCCCCAGUUCGUCUACCCCAACAUUAUCGGCCGGGCCAAAGGACAGGGCUGGGGAGCGGAGGGCGCGCUGGAAACGUGUGUAGGUGACCAAGCGCAGGAACGGAGAAACUCGUUGUCCAUCAGCUACCCAGUGGAACGUGGUCUCAUUACUUCCUGGGGGGACAUGGAGGUCAUGUGGAAGCAUAUCUAUGAUCAUAACCUGAAACUAAAGGCCUGUGAUGGCCCAGUCUUGAUUACGGAGCCAGCACUGAACCCACUGGCCAACCGGCAACAAAUCACCGAAGUGUUUUUUGAGCAUCUGGAGGUGCCUGCCUUUUAUAUGUCCAUUCAGGGGGUGCUGGCUCUCUUUGCUGCUGGCUUCACAACUGGUUUUGUGCUGAACUCAGGUGCUGGGGUUACCCAGUGUGUGCCCAUCUUUGAGGGUUACUGUCUGCCUCAUGGUGUCCAGCAGCUAGAUCUGGGAGGCCUUGACCUCACCAACUACCUCAUGACACUGUUGAAGGAGCAGGGCAUCAUGCUGCUUAGUGCUGCGGACAGAAAGAUUGUUGCAGACAUUAAGGAAACUUCUUGUUAUGUGGUAAUGAACUACGAAGAGGAAAUGGCCAAGAAACGUGAUUCUUUAGAGAAAGUUUACCAGCUACCUGAUGGGACGAUGAUCAAGCUCUAUGACCAACUCUUUCAUUGUCCAGAGGCCCUCUUCUCUCCACGUCUUAGGAAUCUUCAGACCCCUGGCAUCGAUAAGUUGUGUUUCAACAGCAUAAUGAAAUGCGAUACAGAUCUGAGGAAUUCGUUUUUCUCCAAUAUUAUCCUUGCUGGGGGAUCAACCUCUUUCCCCGGUUUAGACAAGCGGCUAGUUAAAGGUGUAGCAAGUAUGGUACCUGCCAAUACACCUGUGCAAGUUACAGUUCCCCCCGAAAGGAAACUAUCAGUGUGGAUGGGAGGCUCUAUUCUUGCAUCCCUGUCUGCUUUCCAGGACAUGUGGAUCACUAAGGCAGAAUUUAAAGAAGUUGGACCCAACGUAGUACAUCAAAGAUGCUUCUGAAUACAGAUAAACUGGUUAGAAAAAAAUGCUUUGAGUAUAUGUGACAGAAAACUUUGGAUAUUAUAUGUGUCUGAGAGAACAAAGUAUUUCAGUUGUUGGAAUGUCCAUGUCUCUUCCAUUUCUGUGAUGGGUGAAGCAAACAACCUGUUUCUGGAGUAGAACCAAAUUAAAUGCUAGAGGAAACAUUA